AUGGACAUCUUCCUCGAACCCAGCGAUCCCGCCCCUGGACUGCAACAGCAAACGCCCUACCUCUGCAUCGAAACAUGGGAUGGCGGCCUCUACCGGACAUAUGCCCACCGCAAAGGCCGAACCAGCCUCAUCCCCCAACUGUUGCGUCAAGUCCCUCAUCUCCCGCUCAUCGAGCAACCCUACCUAGAGAAUCUGUACCCGACGCCAAAGGAAGAGUUGCAGCCGUUCCUGCAAACAUGGCUCUACUUUGGAACCAUUGCCGAAAUGCUCGCCCUCAACGAAAUCAGCCCUGGAGUCCGCCUCAUUGACGAACAGGCUGCCAAGGCUGAAAUAGAUGCCUUGCGCUGCAAAUUGAUUCGUCAAGACGAAAAUGGCAAAAGCAUCAUAUCCGCAAAAGAGGUUCUGGAAUGGAGCCUGCUCUUCCGAGAGAGAUUGGCUCUUGCGUCGGACAAGACCCAGAGAAUGACAUACCUCUCCGACUGCUUGCAAUACGCUUGCAUCUUGAUCCACUCGUUCGCGGACAACGUCGAGCACACGGUGCGGUAUUCCAUCGCUGCACUGGGGGAACUCUUCUCCACGGGCUUGCACGCUGUCGCAUCUCUUGCACAGCCGAGAAUACUGUUGCCCAUAACGGGGUUUAGCUGGUAUAGGGACUACAUCAAACCGGGCGGAGAGGUAGAGAGCAUCAUGCUGGACAACGGCUGGUGUUUGAAUCAUUCCUCCUGCACCGUGAAUAUCUGCCGGGCGUUUCAGUUGGAUUUGGACACGUACCAACCCGCUCAUGCCAAGGAAGGUUGCACAUGUGCUUUGAUUGAGGCGGACCCGGAGCAAGUGUCGGGUAUUCUGAGGGAAAGCGACUCGUUCCCUGUUAUUGGCAUUGAGCCAUCACCUCGAGGAAACUUGGACGAGUUGAAGAUUUCUGUGCAUCAACAUGGACCGGGUGUGUCGUAUGUUGCGUUAUCUCAUGUCUGGGCAAAUGGUCUGGGUAACCCAGCCAGCAACUCAUUACCGAGAUGCCAGAUGGCUAGAAUCGCAAAGCUGGUGGCUGAUUUGCCACGAGAUGCCGGAACCGCGGGCCCUCCACGACUGUGGCUUGAUACACUGUGUUGUCCAGUUGAAUUGCAGACCAAAAUGAUAUCCCUGGAGCGCAUAGCAGACGUUUACAGGAAAGCGUACCAUGUCUUGGUGCUGGAUACUUCGCUGACGGCAUACAAGCACGAGGGCUCGCACCCGGCCGAGUUGCUGGUUCGGGCCUUUGGGUGCUCGCCCUGGAUGAGGAGGCUUUGGACAUUACAAGAGGGGGCGCUGAGCAGGGCGCUUCAGAUUCAGUUCGAGGAUAGAGCAGAGAAUAACAUGGUCUUGCUGACCCGGUUAUUUGAAAUUGCGCGUGAGGAUGCAAGGUACAUGCGACUAUGGCAGGACGUGACAAACGAGUUCAACCAACUGCUAGGCUUCUCACCCAAGGCCGGCCCCGAAAACACCCUGACAUGGCCACGGCCAGAAAUCACCACGGUCCAACGCACUCUUCACUUUCGCACCGUGUCUGUUCCCGCCGACGAGCCGUUAUGUAUCUCGACGCUUCUAAAUCUGGACACAAAGUACAUUGCCCAAGGCCAAGACGCCAACCACCGCAUGAUUCGCAUGUGGGAACUCCUGGCCCGAGAAAAAGGCGGCAUACCGGCCCGACUCGUCUUCUACCUCGACGAACCCAUCGACGUGCCGGGAUGGCGAUGGGCGCCCAGGAGUCUACUCGCCUCCGCCGUUGACGACCCCGUUCUAGGCCUCGACGAGCGCGUGAUGAGAUUCCACGUCGACCCAGCUGACCCCAACACUUUCCCCCUAGGUGUCCCGACUUUGUUAGGCCUCAAAGUGAACCUGCCGGGAUACAGAAUCGCGCCCACGCCGAUCUUGCCCGGGAUGCCGCUCCACCCCUGGCCAGACGUCAUCAACCCGACAGAGGACCAGGUACUGGUCCGAGAAGAGACUACAGGCCGCUGGUUCCGCAUAAUGGACUGGUAUAGAAGCAAGAAACUGCCCUUCUGGACGCGGAAGCAGCGCCUCGCGUACGACGCUCGGGAGAACAAUCCACUUUGCAGGGCGAUCGACACGGGGAACUGCGCGAUUCUGCUGGACAACGAGCUUGCCCGGGACCACAGUGCCCAUAUAUGCUGCCUUGUUCAGGUGGAAUCUGCGGCACCCGAUGACGUUGCAGGGCAUCGGCCGCUCAAGGUGCGACGCGAACGCUCAGCCAUCAUGGCUGCAUUGACGGCCACUGAAAACAAAUUGAUGGAUUUUGUCAAGGGGCUUGCGGAAAGCGUGGCUCGAGAUGCGAGCACAGACGAGUUUUUGCAGGUGCAAAGGGCGCAUCGACCUGGGAGUGAGGAGUGGGAUGCUGCCGAGGAGAAGGUGAGGGAUGUGAUGAAGGAGGUGAUGAGGGAGGCUUAUGCGCAUGAGGAGCUGCAGAAGGCGGUGAAGGACACGAUGGGGGAGGAUAUAGACGAUUACAUUUGGGUGAUGAUUCCAAAGGCAUUUUCGCAUGGAGUUGGGUUGCGUGAGGCCGAGGGGCGAUGGUGGAUUGUGGAUUGA